AUGUAUGCUUAUGCACAUCUCGAAUAUAAACAUUUUCUACUCACUCUCGGUUUGGUCCUACUUCUGGUUUUUGUUGUUACGAAAAAAGGAGGGGGAAAGUCAGUGCCAAAUGCAUUUCAAUCCUUGGUGGAGCUUAUUUAUGAUUUCGUGCCGAACCUGGUAAACGAACAAAUAGGUGGUCUUUCCGGAAAUGUGAAACACAAGUUUUUCCCUUGCAUCUCGGUCACUUUUACUUUUUCGUUAUUUCGUAAUCCCCAGGGUAUGAUACCCUUUAGCUUCACAGUGACAAGUCAUUUUCUCAUUACUUUGGCUCUUUCAUUUUCCAUUUUUAUAGGCAUUACGAUCGUUGGAUUUCAAAGACAUGGGCUUCAUUUUUUUAGCUUCUUAUUACCAGCGGGAGUCCCACUGCCAUUAACACCUUUUUUAGUACUCCUUGAGCUAAUCUCUCAUUGUUUUCGUGCAUUAAGCUCAGGAAUACGUUUAUUUGCUAAUAUGAUGGCCGGUCAUAGUUCAGUAAAGAUUUUAAGUGGGUUUGCUUGGACUAUGCUAUUUCUGAAUAAUAUUUUCUAUUUCUUAGGAGAUCUUGGUCCCUUAUUUAUAGUUCUAGCAUUAACCGGUCUGGAAUUAGGUGUAGCUAUAUCACAAGCUCAUGUUUCUACGAUCUCAAUUUGUAUAGCCUCAUGA